GGCGGAGAGGCCCCGGCCCCCCCCCCCCCCCCCCCGGCAUGGCCAAGGCGCUGACCUCCAGGCGCGCCCCGGGCGACCCCCAGGCUGAGCCGGGCCUCGGCCUGAAGCUGCCUCGGAAGAAAAGCAGGAAGAAGAGACUCUGGAAGAGCAAACGGCGAGCAGCGAGCGAGGGGGCGGGAGGCGGCCGCAGGGUCGUCGCGGGGCGGCCUCCAGAGGCGCCGGAGGACUUCUCCCGAAACUGGAGGGCGCUGCAGGAGCUCCUGAAACAAAAAACACAAGCCCCGGAAAAGCCUCUCGUCUCUCAGACAGAUUCCAAAAAGCAGCCUGGGAUUACCCAACAAAAGAGAAAAGCGAUCCUAGAUAAAGCACAGAGAAGUAAGGUGGAGAUGAAGACCACAGACCCAGGGGCCACUGGCAGUGACUCUCUUGCUUCAGGAUCUCCAGGGAAAAGGAAGGUGCCAGCACCUCCCACAAAGGCCAGCAGAGCAGAGCACAGUGAGAAAGGAGCCAAGAAAAGGACAAACAGUGACAUUUCUCCAAGAGGAGGAGACAUCAAGUGUGGAAAGUGGAAAUGGAAAGCUAAGGAGGUGCCUGUGGCCUUGACCCCGGCCCUGCCCACCAAAGAAGACAUCUGGUUUGAUGAUGUUGACCCCGCGGAUAUUGAAGCAGCCAUGGGCCCAGAAGCAGCCAGGAUAGCAAGACAGCAGCUGGGGCAGAGCGAGAGCAGCACCACGCUGGUGAAGGAGCAGGCCUUCGGCGGCCUGACGAGAGCCUUAGCCAUGGACUGUGAGAUGGUGGGCGCGGGCCCCAAGGGGGAAGAGAGCGUCGCUGCCCGAGUGUCUAUUGUGAACCAAUAUGGGAAGUGUGUUUAUGACAAGUACGUCAAGCCCACCCAGCCGGUGACGGACUACAGGACGGCGGUCAGCGGGAUCCGGCCAGAAAACCUCAAGCAGGGAGAAAAAUUCGAAGUCGUUCAGAAGGAGGUGGCAGACAUGCUGAAGGGCCGCAUUCUGGUCGGACAUGCGCUGCAUAACGACCUGAAGGUACUGUUUCUUGAUCACCCAAAAAAGAAGAUUCGGGACACACAGAAAUACAAACCUUUCAAGAGUCAAGUGAAGAGUGGGCGGCCAUCUCUGAAGCUGCUUGCAGAGAGAAUCCUGGGGAUCCAGGUGCAGCAGGCAGAGCACUGUUCGAUUCAGGAUGCCCAGGCAGCAAUGAGACUGUACAUCCUGGUGAAGAAGGAGUGGGAGAGCACGGCCCAGGACAGGCACCCCACAGCCCCCACUCCAGACAGCAGCAGUGUCUCCGUCCACAGGCGCUUGUGACCAAGCAUGGGACAGCUUGGGUCUCCCCAGAGCAGCAGCUGUGUCGAAACACGUUCACUGUCCUGGUGGCAGGGCGUGUAGUCCGGGACUUAGGGUGGGCAGCAUGGGCAGGAGCGUCUGUCCUGGGCACAGCCAGAGGUGGCUGAUGGGGACUGAUGGAGGGAGGUACCUGCUGCCACUGCAGUGUGGCAGCAGCCUUGCCAGGGACUUGCCUGGUCCCAGGGGUGGGAAGUACCCACUCCUGGGUUUGCAGCGCCUUCCUUGGAGGAGGCCCCUCUUCCCUCUGAGUCCGAUCACGUAAAGAACUCUGCUGGACUCCUGGACCUGGCCCUGUCUCGGAGUCGGCUAUGGCUGCCUUUGGACUUGAGCGCCAUCCCCUUCUCACCCCCGUGCACCCCCCCCCCCACCCGCCCGUGUGUAGACCUACCAAGUUUAAACAGAAGGGCAGGGCCCACAGUGUGGCGGCGAGGCUCAGGCUGUCUAUGCUCAGUGACAGCAGUCACUCCCAGAGGUGGCGCCUCUCCCCCUCUAAGAUGGACGUGUCGAUCCGACCCCCAGCCGUUGGGCUGGAGCAUCCCAUGGGUUUGACCCCAGGUGUGCUGGUCUUUCUGAGAACAAUCGGGGGGCUACGAGUCGCACUUGGUGCAUGAAACCCUGGGCCACCUGACCGCUGCACAACGAAGGCCCAACCCCACUGAGGACAUUUAACAUAAAUGCAGGUUUUUACUGGAGGUGAA